AAUGAAUUCAAUCUACGAUGAAGGUUUACAGGAUAUCCUUGAUUGGAUUGGAGUAGAAGACUUGGAGAUCAGAAGUUUACUCCAGGGUUCAGAGGAGAUCUGGAGAGAAGUUGGAAGAGAGGAUUGUGGUUCAACAUUCUCAGCUUUUGGCUUUCUGUCUUUUCUCAUGAUAGCCUUCAAUCUUUCUGUGAAUAUUGUCAGCAAUAACAACAACAACUCUAAUGCUAACAACAACAACAACAACAAUAACAACAACAAUGAUAACAAUAAUAACAACAACAUGAACAUGAAUAUGAUCGGUCGAAGCUUCAAGGACACAUUUAGGAAUGGAACUAAUAAAGAUGAAACAGAAAACUGGAACAUCUUAAAGUUCUUGUUCAGCCAGGAUCUACCAGACAAAGGAGACCCGUGGAGCUUAGAGAACUUGGAGUUCCUUCUAGAUCUUAAUAUUCCAGGACUAACAGUCUCUAGUGAAUCCAGUAGACCAGAUUCAGAGUCAAUGGUUCUUCAUCCAAUAGCAACAUUCUGGGAAGCUGUAAAUAUUUCUCAGUUCAAACUGAUCAUCUUCAUUCUAAACUUGAUUAAAAUAAAUGUAAAAUAAAAAGGAGUUUUUCAGUAAGUUGUA